AAACCCUUCAUUUUCCAUCCGGUCAACAGGUAGUUGACUCUAAGUCGAUUUACUUCUCAUUGCUUAUAUCUAUUGCUUAUCUAGUGGGAUCCUAGUGACACCACUUUUAAGCAAUUACGAGGGUGUAAGGAUGUUUUCUUAUUUAACAAGAUGGUUAAAUAAGACAAUAGCACAUAAGCAUUUGAGACCCACUUCACUCAUGCACAAAACUAAUCACUUUUUUACUUCGUUUUCUUUUCUUCUAUUUUCAUCCACAAUUGUGCAUAUAAUGCUAAUCAUUAGUAAUUAUUGUGUUUGUAUUUUUGAAGUUGUCGAUAAAUAAAUAAAAAUCAUAAAUUAUAUUUUAAUUUUAUUGAUUCUCAUGGUAUGAAAAACUAAUAAGUUAAAGAUUGAAGUCAUUCGACAAACUUAGAAAAAAAUUACAUUAAAAGUACAAAUUAUUCAUUAAAAAAAUAGAAAGAAUUUACGCUAAAAGUACAUGAAGAGAUUUGGAAUCGAUUUGGGAGAAAGAAUGAUGACGAGUAAUAUAGUAUUUUUGUUCAUUUCAUUUUUAUUUUUGUAUUUCUUUCUUAAAUUUUUUGUUUUUAUUUAAUUUAUUUUUUGUGUUUGGUUUUAUUGAAUAUUUAAAAAUUAUAUUAUCUAUUAAGAAAAAGUAUUUUUUAUGAAAAAAUUUAUAUUAAUAUAUUGUACAUCAAUUGAAAUUGCUAAGAGAUUGGAGAGAUGGAGGUGGUUUGAAAUGAAUGGAUGGGAUAAUUGCUAAAGUUGCUUAUGUGGAUGUAGAGUUUAUAUAAGAAAUUACUAACUUAUUGCAAGGAUGAAGAUGCUCUAACGUGGCAAAUUUUUUAAUGAGGUGGAAAGUUUUUAAUGACGUGGCAAGAAAAUGAAGGUUUUGACGUGCCACACAGGUAAUUAUUAAUUUUAAUUAGAUUAUUUUUCUUUUUGAAAAAAAAACAAAACCAAAACAAAAUUAUCUAGUCACUCAUAUCCCUCUUCCCCUCCUUCGACUCCAUAACCCAAAAGCAAUCCGACCACCGCCCACCCAUCGUCACCCCUGCAAAAUAAUAGAUCUUACUAUUAUUGCUACCGUCAAAACCUCCUUCAACUCCAUAACCCAAUUUUUUGAAGAAUCCAACCGCCACCCACCCGUCGUCAUCCCUGCAAAAGAAUAUAUCUUAUCCCUGCCAUUGCUACCCUCUCCGAGACCUUUGAAAUGGCCAAAAAGUUCUGCUACAAAGCCAAAGUCGUCGUCUCUACCUCCAUCAUAGUGCUGCUUCACUGCGCUGCCGAGGUCCUUGAGAUAACAGAGAACAAACCCGAGGCCAAUUUGAUCCAUGAAACGGGAAAUUCCUCUCCAAAAGUCAAGAGCCUCAACAAAUCCAUUAAAACCUUGAAGUCUUGCGAGCGAGUGUUGCCACUCGCCGAAACUCUAAGCAUCCUAGAGCUGCACUGAGUCCCUCGUCUCCAAAGCCUCCACCGCCAAUCCUGUCCUAUUUUGUUAGCCGAGUAUAUCCCCGCCGUAGGCGUAAAGUACUCUCCCAGCCCUUUUGGUCCCCGCCGAUGUAGAUAGAGGAGGGGGUUUUGGAUAUGGAAUCGAAGAGACUGGUGCUAGAUGGUGUGCAACAACCCAAUUAAAAAGGAAGUUGAUAUAAUAACCCAUGAUAGCAACAAGGUGAAGAACGUGGUAGAGGACACUGCUGAAGAAGAGGAGACCAACAAAGGAGCACACAGUGAUAAAGAAAAGACAAGCAAGGAUAAUGAGAAAACUAACAACAUGGAAUGCGAUGACACAAAGUCAAAGCAACAAACCAAAGGUAGAAGGCAACAACAACAACCUAACACAAAGGAGGGGACCAAUGCCACUGCCAAAGACAACAAACCAAAGGAAGUAGGCAACAACAUAUGUCCCAACACAAAGGCGGGGACCAAUGCCACUUCCAUCUCGAUUAGAUAGUAUUCCGGAGCGAAGUAAUAACACAAUUAGGGAUCCCUUGGAAUACGACCUAGACACUUUAGUACAACCCUAUCUAGGUUAUACUUGGCUUAGUUAGGAUUUAUUAGAGAGUAUGCUUCGACUUUAUAAAUUUAAAGCUCACCGGAGCACGAUCACUAAUCCUGACAGAAGAAAAACCAUCUCAAGACCCAGGUGGGCAACCUAUUCCACCACUCAUGAUCACCGAGAUUGACAUAGUUGACAACAUCCUAGAUUAUAUCAAGUCCACAGGAAAUAUGUAAGUAAUUCAUUCAAUUCAAAUUUAAUUGAUAUGAUCGUUGAUUUGAAGUUAAUAUAAACUAAUAGGAUGU